AGCAUCUUUGCUUUGCCUCCGUCUCCGUGAUCGCUCAUUUGAUUCUUGAGGCGACGUGCUUGCAUGGGCUCGCUCGCUGUAGCUCCGGGAUAAGCGCGGCAGAUCGUCGGCCUCUGCUUCGAGCAGUCACCCAUCCAUCCAACCUCCCGUCGAGACGUCCGUCGUCCGGCCAGCCAGCCAAGCCGAGCCAAGACUGUCAUCCACAGGAGCAGAGCGGCAGGGCUGGCUUCGGCGCAGCCAGCCAGUCCAACCGCGCACUCAUUGGCCGCCCUGCUGUGCCGCCUGCUCUGCUGGUCUUGCCUUGCCUCUGUAGUCGUGCACAAUCUUUUGUUCCAUUGCAUGGAGCAUGCAUCCUACCGUAGCCUAGCUAGUGGCGACGCAUGUAUGCGACCGAGGCGGCUGCUGUUCAAAGCAAAGCAAACCAGCGCCUCGAUUACUACCACUCCAGCAAGCAAAGCAAAGCAAAGCAGCAGACGGAUGGAUAAUCAAGUUUUGCGCAUCUCGGUCACCCUAUAAAUCCUAGCUGCCGCUGCCUACCUCCAGUAGCUCACCACCACCUCCACUCUGCUAUGCUCGCAGCAAGCCAGCUAGCUCCUCGCCUCCUCUCGACACACUACUACUAGCAGCUUCUCUUCUCUUCUUUUAAGUAACAGAGAGCCCAAGCUAGGUGACACUAGAGCGUCUCAAGCACCCGCGCCAUGGCCACCUCCACCUUCUCGCUCUUCUUCCCGCCGCUGCCCAGCAGCAAAGGCCAGUGGCCGUCUGUAGAGGAGGCUGCCUACUCCUACGAUGACCACAGCUCCGUCACCACCCUCUCCCCUUCCUCCCCGGCCUCCUCUGCUUCCUCGGGAUCCCUGGUGGACUGCACGCUCUCCCUCGGCACGCCGUCGACGCGCCGCCCCGAGCCAGACCGUACUAGGCACGGGGCUCCGCCGCAGGCCUGCCCGUCCGUGUCUGCCGGGGCCGAGCCCUGCUACUACCACCAGCAGCAGGGCAGGGGCGGCGCCGCCGGGCACGAGCAGCUCCUGGACCGCCGCUGCGCCAACUGCGGCACGGCAUCCACGCCGCUCUGGCGGAACGGCCCUCGCGGACCCAAGUCCCUCUGCAACGCCUGCGGCAUCAGGUUCAAGAAGGAGGAGCGCCGCGCGGCGGAGACCAAUGCCGGCGGCGGGUGCGGCUACGUCGCGCAGCGGGCGCACGUGUCGGCCCCUCGUGCCGUGCCGUACGCGGAGGAGGCGCUUCCUUACGCCGGCGCCGUCGACGCGCCCUUCCUGGCGUGGCGGCUGAACGGCGUCCCGCCGGCCCCGGCGUUCUCGUCGUGGCCCGACAGGCAGCACGGCGUGUACCAGUACAACUAGCUAGUAGUACUAGUGAGUAGUACGUGUAGGUACGUGUUAGGGCAUGGAACGCGGUUGGUGGGCGCUGCAACGUUUUUUUGGGGAUUUUGUUGGGGACGUACGGUUGCACGCGGCCGAUGGGAUAUGCAUGUGCAGUAGUAGCACUGUAUUUUGUCUGACAUUAUCGUUGAGCAAGCCUGCCAAACAUAUGAAUUAUGAAGUAGUACAUGUCUUGUUUC